AUGGCCAUCGACCCGCCCCAUCAGCCGCCGCCGCCACCGCGUCCCUUGGAUCCAUACGCAUUCACAUUUGAGUCCAUUCCUGACAGGAGCCCGGCUAUGAUGACGAGUAUGCACUAUGGCCCCUAUUCUCCGGCCGGCUUUCUGCACCGGGCACCCCUGUCGAGGAUAUGGCACUUGCUGACGCCGAACAGAGGAUCAGAAUCCAUCACCGACAGCAUCGCCAACUUUCCUCAGCGAUUUGGACGCACUUACCAUGCUUACCAAGCUGGAUCCUACGUUUUCCCCAAUGACGAUGUGGAAUGUGAGCGUCUGGAAUUGCAAGGUCUUGUCAUGACCGAGUUAUUCGGCGGCAAGUGGUUCCUCGCUCCUUUCCCGGCCGAACGGCCACCAACCCGCGUCCUUGACGUUGGUACCGGCACCGGCAUCUGGGCCCUGGAGAUGGGCGACAGGUUUCCCGAGGCCCGCGUCUACGGCAUCGAUUUGUCACCCAUUCAACCUACUGCAGUGCCAUCGAAUGUGCACUUUUUCGUGCAAGAUGCGUCUGAGCGGUGGGAUUGGAGGGAGCCUCUCGACUUCGUCUUUGUGCGCGGCGGUAUCGGGUCCUUUGCGAACUUCAAGGAAGAGAUCGUCCGCCAGGCUUUUGACAAUCUGGAGCCAGGCGGCUGGUUCGAGACGCAAGACUUCAACUGCGACAGCCAGUCAGACGACGGGACCCUGCUACCCGACAGCGCUCUCCAGCGAUGGUUUGACGAUAUGAACGCGGCCAGCGAGAUGAUACAGCGGCCUCUAUCCCAGGCUCACCUGGCAAAGAACUGGCUUGCCGAAGUCGGGUUCGUCGACAUUCAUGAGAAGUGCUACAAGAUCCCCCUCAACGGCUGGGCCAAAGACCCCCGCUACAAGGCGCUCGGCAAGCUCUGGGAACAGAAUUGGAUGAGCGGGCUUAGCGGAUGGAGCAUGUCGCUCUUCACGCAAGUGCUCGGGCGAACGCCGGAGGAGGUUGAGGUCUCCUUGGUCGAUGUGCGAAAAGAUUUCAGCAACCCCUACAUUCAUGCCUACCAAAGGAUCUACGUUGUCUACGGCCGGAAGCCAUUUCCGCACGAGGUGGCAGGGUAUACCGGCGACCACGAAAUGACCUGCUGA